CUUUCAAACCACACAAAUUUAAAAUAUAAAUUCUUAAUAUGAGUUCAUAUGAAGCUGCUAAAGAUGGUUCCCCAGCGGAUAAUUUAACGCUUCUUGAAGAAGAUUGCCCGGAUUGUGCUGCCGUACGUCUGAAAUAUGCGGUUUUAAAUAUAGACGAAAUUAUGUCAUCAACACGAAUCGAAACCUCGGAUGAGUUCACUCUGGCAUCUGAAAUUGAACCCGCGCAAACUACGAGCGUUUUCAAGGUGCCAAAAGGCCCCGUUUCAACGCAAGUCCGCAAGGUUCAUGAAUCGAUAGAUGUCACACCUUUAAAAGGACUACUCGGUAACGUUCUAGAAAAAUCCCAGCAUCAAACGUUCCACACAAACCAAAGGAUUUCAUCAACCCAGAAUGGGGUUACAGGAAGAUUUCAAGGAUCUGAAAUAGGAUUAGAUCGCAUUACAUACACUGAUUUCGAUUUUCAUGAAUUAGUAAGUUGUGCUCCAGAAGGAGAGGAGGAUACGACGGUCCGAUUUUUAUUCAAACGGGAACGCGAGGAAGAUGAAGAAAGCACGGCAUCGAACGAGUUAAACGAACAAGCAGCUAAGAGAAUUCGUUUGACAAAGGAAAUUCCAGUUUUCUUCAAAGGUCGAAGACCGAGGGACAGAAAAACUAUGAGGAUUUGAAGUGUGUUAUGAUGGUUGUUCAUAGUCAUGUGACGUUUCACCUUAUGUUCUAUUUUAAAGCAGAUUUAGGCUAAAAUAAACAAAUAAAUAAUUUUUAUUAAAAA